GGCUUUGUACCUAGGACUCUACUAUCACCCGACCAUGUCCAAAUGUUAAAAAAGGCGAUUCUUAGAGUCCUAGUUACUCGGACUAUACAUGUAUGUAGAAAUUGUAGAUGUAGAACCGAGCAUUUAUGUAUAGUAUUUUGUCAUAUCUGUCAUGUCCAUAGGAGAAGCUGGUAAGGUGGCUCCAGAUGAAGAAUUCAUCCGAGUUCCCCCUGGAUGGAUUGAUGAAGGAAUAAUCUUCAAAUUGCAAAUUGACUACAUUGCUGCAGGAAAACAUGAUCUGCACUGCAGCCUGCAAUACCUGCACACGAUCAGCAACUCUCAGUAUAACCUCAAUGUCACGCUUCAAAUUAAUGGUUGUCCAUCCGGCAAAUAUGGCGGCAGAUGUGAACAAGAUUGCUCUGAAUGUGCCCCGGGAGUGGAAUGCCACAGUUUCAAUGGCGUGUGCAUGUGUCCCCUGGGUCUACAAGGAAGUCACUGCAACCAAAGUGAUCCACAAAUCAAGGUACUGGAGCCUAUGGAGACUGAAGCCUAUGUCACCUAUGGAGAGACAUUAACUCUGAAUUGCACAGCGUAUGGCAUGCCGUCUCCGAGGGCGUGGUCCUGGACCAAAGAUGGACAGAACGCAUCCCUGCCGGCCACCACCCAUGAAGAGACAAAGCCCUAUUCUCCAAGUCCCAUUGCGAUAACCAGUAUUGUCCAUGCACAGGAUACAUCUGCCAAUGGCUGCUACGUGUGUGAAUUUAUUGACAGGGAUGGUAAUUCAUACAGACAGCGUGUGAAUGUCACCGUCAUAGCCAUUCCCGAACCCUUCAUACGCGUCCCUCAGAACCACACCGCCCUCGUUGGCGGCAACGUUACAUUCACCUGCGAGAUCGAGACGGAAGCCGGGACAAUCCGCUGGGUCAAAGGUCACAACCGACCCCUGGACCAGAUGAUCACGGACCAGGCCGACCAGUACGAGAUACUACAGCCCUCGGUGGGCGUGUCCCAGCUUCGUAUCUUAGGGGUGGGGUUUGAAGAUGAGGGUGGGUACAGAUGCCACGCAGGUCAUACAUUCAAGUCACCAGAUCUGAUCUAUGCCGAGGUCGUGCUCGGAGUUCAGUCGGAUCCCUACCCCGAGUGUUCGUUCCAAGACGUCAUCAGCAUCAUCUCAGGCCAGACACUGACCCUCCGAUGCAUCGUAACCCAAGCCAAGCCAGCGCCCAGGCUGACGUGGCGCAUCCAGGAACAUAGCGUGCUGCCCGAAACCUACACCAAGCUGUCGGAGGAUGGGUACUCCUGGAACGUCAACACGUCCGUCCGGUUUGUGCCCGCCCCGAGGGACGACGGCAAGAGGGUGACGUUCUCCCUGGCAAGUCCGGCAUGGAAUGGGUCCAGAGAAGUCAUGGCAACGCUCAACGUUUCAUACGUGCCUAUAGUGACCGUCAGUCCCGACCCAGUCACUAUCAACAAAGGCGAAGAUGGUACCAUCACCUGCUCGGCCCAAGCCAACCCAGACCACAUGGGCUAUACCUGGACCCUCCGAUGCCCAAACAAACGCGCGACUAAUGUCUCCACGGGCCCAACGUACACGUUCAAGAACAUCAACGUGGACUACGACAAGGCCAAUUUGACGUGUUCGGUGGGGAAUGCCAUCGGCAGGACUGAAAAGACUGUGCAGAUCAAAGUGACAGACAACAGUAUCUCAACUGGAGCCAAGCUAGGUUUCUCUAUAUCAGGAGGCCUGUGCAUUAUCAUAUUGCUGCUAGCGAGUAUCUUUGCUCAUCGCUACCGCAAAGAAAUCAAACUGUGGCGGGCACGAAGAGCUGGCAAAAACAAAGAAGACAAAGAGUUUGAUGUCUUCAUCUCCUACAAGAGCAGCAGUCCUGAUGAGGAGUUUGUGAUGCGGGACCUGAUACCCCGUCUGGAGCAGGAUGGAUACCGCGUCUGCGUCCACUACAGAUACUUCCUGCCUGGAAAAAGUAUCAUUGACAACAUCUCGGAUGCGGUCCAUCGCAGUCGCAAGACGCUCCUCCUCCUGUCUCCGGGCUUCAUCGAGAGCGAGUGGUGCUGCUACGAGUUCCAGGCUGCCCUCUCCCAGAUGCUGCAUCUUCAGACGGACCUCAUCCCGGUCAUCUUCAAGGACCUGGGCCCCCAGGAGAACCUGUCCCCAGACCUGCAGACCAUCCUGCGUACGCUGUCCUACGUCACCUGGCCGGGGGCCAUCCAGGGAGGCCGGUACCAGACCCAGGAGGACCUGGACUGCUUCUGGUCGCUGCUGUGGCAGUCGCUGCCGGCGAACCCACUGGGACGGGAGGAGCCUGUGGAGCAUCAUCCGGCCCAGCUUGAGAGGGAGAUUAAUCUUGAAAGUCGUAACAGAGUGGAGGAAGAUGCCGGUGACCUGAGCUUGAGUGGAGAUCAGGUUGUGUUGCUGCAUGAUUGAGAUUAAUCAUUAUACAUGUAUAGAGCAUCUGCAAGGAUAUUUGUGACCUACUGUGGCAAAAUGAGGAGUGUCCCCCAAAACCUUGCUUUGAGUAUACACGCCUGAAGUUGGACAUACUAGCAAAAUUGUGUCAAAAUCGAUAUUGAUUGUUUUGCAUUUUUGAGUAGCCAAGGUGUCCAAGAUUCACACUGUGCAGUUUUGAUUGGAAAAAAUACCUAAAGGGAAAGCAACUGGUCCCGAUGGCAUAAGUGUUAAGCUUCUUAACAUGGGUAACAUUGCUGAUCUUUAUAACAACUUCAUCAUGCUUUACAAACCAUCGUUUCCUAUUCCCAGAGUCGUAGAAUUCAUGAUGUACUUUUAACAAAAAAAAUGUGACUGUAUUAAAUAUUAUUGCAUAGUCUUGACAUUCGUGAGUUUUUCCCUUCAUUUUUAUUUCCUUUUUAUAAUUGUAUAACGUCUAAGUGAUAUCCAUCAAUAAUAAUGUAAUAACAUUUUUUUUUAAUUUCCUAUUCUCGCAUGACAGACUGCACCGGAUCACUCCUGUUAAACCAGGAACCAGGGUAUCUCUUUCUAUUCUUUUUCAGAAGGAUAUCAAUCCCCAUGUUAUGCAAACACUUACAAGAUCUGAACUUUGUUUGAAGAACAAUAAUCGUAUGGGAUUAAAAAGUACACCAUCUCACUACUCCUUUCAAGAUGCAUACCGCAAUCACAUUUUUCCUCUUCUCAUGAAUUUACAAUUGGAAUGUUUUGUUAAACGGCAAAACAAGUAUUUAUCAUAUUUUUAGGAGUCUCAAUCCUCUUCAAAAAGUUCUUAUGUCGUACGGGCAAAUGAAAAUCAUAUUAUUUGUCUUACUGCCAAAAUUUCAUUUUUAUUAAUCAAAGUAUUCGACCAAAGGAUAAAUACGGUAGCAUUCCCAAAUUACCCUCAAGAUAGAUUACAUGCAUAUCUCUUUGAUCUACAUGUCAAAGUGUAGUGCAAUUUCCAUAUUAUGCAGUCAAUAUUACUCAUAAUAUUGUGCAGUACCUUUUCCAAUUUUCCAUUUUUGUAAUAAAUAUGCAUGUAACAUUUGCUGUUUCACAUUUGAA